CGGUUCAGCUGAUCAGAAAACUAGACAAACACACAUCUGCUUAGUUGACCAGCUUGCUACCUAGCCUCGCGUAGUAGACGAGCUGAGGGAGAUGCUUCCUUGGAGGGGCAAGAGCGCUGCUCCGGCGGGCUCCGACGCCGGGGCGGUCGGGGAGGUGGCGGUGCAGAAGGUGAAGAGGAUCGAGUUCCGCAGCCUGCUCACGAGGCCCACCGUCUACAGCGCCCCUCAUCCGCGCGGAGGCGGCGGGGGCACGGAAGGAGAAGACAUCGACAAGCAGGCGGAGAAGUUCAUCAUGCGGCAGAGGAAGAUGUGGAACCACGGACAGAAAUCCGCCGGGCCAGCGUCUACAAGACCCUCGCCGCCGUCGUGACGGCGGGCUCCGGGCAAGCAUCAUGCUCCGCCGGUGCAAACUAUUAUUGUACAUGCAUGCAUGCCAGCGUGUAUAUGGAUAUAACGCGUACGUAUGUUAUCGUUAUCCAUAGUCAUGAUCUGAUCUUAUAUGGUAUGUAGAAAUUGAUCGGUACGUAUGAAUAGGAGUGUAAGCUUGUGAACAUAUGGCGGACGGCUUGCAUGACGAUCUAUGUACUUAUUUUAUUCGGCCCGAAUACCAUCAGUUAAAUAUAUAAUUUCUGUUCGCAUGUU